AUGGUCGCUCCCACCCCGACCCGAGGUCGCGGUGGUCGCGGUAGUCGCGGUGGCCGCGCUAGAGGAGGCCGAUGGGCAAAUCACUGGGCCACGAGAACUGCCCCAGCACGCGCAGCGCGCGCUUCGUCGCCACGAUUCGGAAGAAGUUCCUCGCUCGCGCAUCAUUACGCUAAGGCUUUCCCCCCCCAUCUCUUACGUGCUGCCAUACCUGGGCAGGCUGGCCAGGAUCAUCUCGAUACCGCGCAGAGUAGUACUACUAUCACUACCGCGCAGCAAAAUCCAGAGACGCCCCUGCGGCGGCGCUCAAAACGCGCCCUCGCUGUUCCCGAGUCUUCGCGGACAACGAGGCAAUCAGCGCGCCAAUCUGUUCCAGGCCGACAAUCGUCUCGCCUGAAGCCCGGUGAUGCCGGGCUCGAAACGCCUAGUAAGGGCGAAUCGGAAGAGGUCAGCGAGCAGGAUGAUGAUUUUGCCGACGACGCCUCGAUGCAAAAAGAGGAGGAGGAGGAUGAGGACUUUAAACCGCAGCAGCGUCUUAAAUUGCAGGUUUCUCAGAGUGCGGAACUGCUCGAUCCCGUAUCUGCUGCUUCUGCUUCUGCGUCUACCCCUACCCGGCGAACCUCGCCAAUCGAGCGCGAAACCCGCCUCGCGACAAAACUCCAAGAUAACGAGACUCUGCGUCCCGAGUCUGCGUCAGCGUACUCGGCCUCCGCUCCGACGGCGCCGUUCUCGCAAGAUGCUGAAAGCGAUAGUCCCAAGCAAUCGCAGUCGCAGUCGCAGCCGUUAUCGCGCGGAAUGUCCUCGCCCCGACCUUCGCGCAAGCGCAAGUCCACCGACAAGGAUGAAAGCGCUGACAUCGACCGCGCUGUCUCGGAGCCAGCGUCCAAGAAACCUAAAAUGGAAGAUGAGGAGGAGAUGCCACCCGCUCCACUGGCAAAUGGGACCGAACUCGGCUCGCAGAUUGUCACAUCGCCCGACGAAGCGGCAGAUCCGGAUUCAGCCCGCGGCGGCGCAAUAGGGCCUAUUCGUUCGACGGCUGUUGUCCGGGCUCGUGGUCGGGGACGCGGUCGUGCGCGCGCAUCUGCAGCUGCGAAGGGUCGCGGCGGGAAGCGUAUCGAAGACGAGAUUUGGGAUAGUGAUAGUCGGCGACGAUCGCCGAGUCCGAUUCCACAGACGAAACCGAUUAAGGAUCGGCAGGAGGAACUGGCGCUCCUCUUUAAGAAAGUGGGACAGGCGCAGCAGGUUGCUCUUAGUGUUUUGGCCGAUCAUUCGAUGGCGAAGAUUGCUAGGGAGAAGGGGGCUCAUAUGGAGUGUCCAGAGUUUGGGCUGGUGCAGCGCGAAUUGGCGGAGUAUGAGCGCAAGGCUUUGACGCGGUUUCGCGAUGAUUAUGAUUUGAAGGUUGAGGCGGAGAAUAAGGUUUAUGCGGGCGAGAUUCAUCUCAUUGAGACGAGGGCGAAUGAACAACUUGAGAAUAUCCAGGAUGAAAUGUUCCAUGCUGCUAGGGGCAAAUAUAUGGAAUUGGUCUUGGGUCGUCGAGCCGCAGAGGACGAUGAACAUACAGAGACUGACGGAUCUGACCCCGACGCCGAGGAACCGCAGUAUCUCUUCCGGAUUGGAAAAGCCGGCACCCGCGAAGUCGAGCGAGGCUUCUUCGCCGAAGCCGUCCGUGAACCAGAUGGUGCAGCCGCCUACGACCGCGGCCGCCGAACAUGGGACGACUUUGUGCAAAAAGUCCGACUAGGCGAAGACUUGAACCCGCAGAUGCAAGCGCUCGACUCGAUCAUGGACCCUGCAGUCCAAGACCAUGUCACGCGAACACUAACAAACCUCCUCCAAGCGGCGCAAGUCGUCGCAGACGGAGGUCUCGACGGCGCUAUUGACUGGCCAACUCCAAAGGCCCUGUCCAUGCUAGCGGACACCGCGCUCGCAGAGCCAAUGCAAACACACCUGCCCCGAAUGGAUCCAACCAUGUCGCCAGCUAGCAGACAUCUUAUUCCAACAUCUGGCAUCCGCGCUCCUUCAUCCUCCCCCGUCCAACACCGACACAACAACCGCGCCGCAUCCUCCCCGCCCGAGGCCAAUUGGGUCUACCAGAUCCAUUCUCAAUGA